AGUUCAUCGUGUAUGUUCCCAUUUAUUCACAUAGCAAAUAGUUUUGACUCAAAUCUACACUUGCAUGCCGCAAAAUCCCACUUACCGGUAUAUUCAUGCACAAUAAACUCGGUUCAUACACGUCAUAUUUAUAUCUACCACAGCGAUAUUCGAAGGUGCAGGUCAGAUAUCCGGAUCGAGAAAUCCCGUUGUAAACCAGACACGGCCACGACCCACGGGAGACAGUAUGGAUUAUUCCUCAACGUAACACUGAUAUAUUAUUGCUACUUGAAACUAUAUAAUAUCCAUGCAGAUAACAACAAAGGAAUCGUUCGAGAGCCAACAAACGAAACAAGAUGGCUGGCCCAGCAGAACAGGAUUUUGACGAGAUCUUGAACAGGGUAGCAGAAGAUGUCACCAAUGAAAGCCACAUCGGAAACCUUGGGAAAGCACUCGGAUUCCGACAAGGUCCCGUCAGCAACUACAUCAAAAGCAACUUCCGGUUCGGCAGCGUCACAAGCCAGGGUACUUUGCAAAUGCUUCGAGACUGGAAUCAACGGACCGGGAGAACCGGGCAGGGCGAGAUGCUAAGAGAGGCCCUCAUCAAAGCUAACCUGCAGACAGUGGCUGAUGACCAUUUACUGACAUUUGGCCUCUGUGCGCCGCAGACACUUCAGUCAACUCAGCCUCAACCUGACCCUAAUCUAUUCGUGACGGAAAAUCAAAUUAUGCACAUUGCUAGGAACCUGCUAAGUGACUUCUAUUCGCCUUUAGCCAAUGCCCUUGGCUUCCAAUAUGCCGAGUACGAAAAUAUAAAACGGAAGCAUCUACUAGACAUAAAGGAGUCCACGUUAGAGAUCCUACACAUAUGGAAGCAGCGAAGUGGUGGUGAACAUGUAGUCCUUGAGGGCGCACUUCGACAGGCAGAAUGUGGACGAUUAGCAUUCACAUACAAGGAAGCAUAGCACGAUCACCAAGACUGUCAAGAUAGUAACUCAAGACAGUUUGCAAACACGCUCGCAACGAUUUUCAGAAAAUAAACUGAAUCAAUUUCAUUAGCCUUGUCUAUUACCUUUUAAACAAGCGAACAUUGCGACGACGUAUGACGUAAUCCAAGCAUGAAGGGAUAUGAAAAGGUUAUAAUUGAAAUUGACUUUGAGUUGAUAUUUCGAAAGAACAGCAGUUGCGAUCGUGUUUUUAAUACGUGUACAUGUACUUAUUAUGAUGGCUUAUCCAAAUCACAUCUGGGCUCUUACUUCAGUCACACCGCCAAACUGACUCCACGCCGACUCCACACCGACUUCCCGCCGACUCCACGCCGACCCCACGCCGACUCCACGCCGACCCCACGCCGACCCCACGCCGACUCCACGCCGACUCCACACCGACUCCACUCCGACUCCACGCCGACUUCGGUUUAUAGACGCGCUGUGACUUAGGUACCAGUGAUAUGCGAUUGUUCUGUUAGGACAUUAUUGACAAUAGAUGACCCACAAGGCUAUUGAAAUUACCUGAGGUUGAUUUUUCGAAAGGCUGUGCGAUGCUGUUGCAUGAAGUUCAUAUAUUAAGGUUUUGAAAACUGAGUGGUAACUUUGGGGGCGAAUCAUCGACAUUAUCCCGAGAACUUUUCGCUGUUAAUUAAACAAAAAAACUAUUUUCAUCGCUACUAGAAGAGGUCUGAACCGACGCAUUUGCGACCGACAUGUCUUCUGUAAUGAACUUCGCACUCCACUAAUUGCCCAAGGAAAGCUCAUCAAAAUGAUACCGAAGACUUUCCGAGAGACUGUUGUGGAUGCUCAAGUGAUGGCUUGGUUGUACAUCUAAUUUGACUGAUGUAUUUAUGUAUGUUUGUUUGUUUGUUUUAUGUGUUUUGUUGUUCCACAUUCCAUUCCACAUGACAAGAUUGUCUCAUGCAUGAGGUUUGAAAAAGGAAUGCAUCAUUAAAAAACAAUGAUAAUGGCGGAUGAUAAUGUCCGUGGCCUUUAAUGAUAUUAGAAUAAUUGUCUUGUACUCUUUGCAUGUGCAAAUUGUGUUUAGUAGUUUCUGUAUGCGUACAGGGUGCGGAUGCGAUUACUCCGAUUAUAGUAUGUUUUUAUUAUGAUGGUACAUACUUAAUAGUUGUUUGGCAUCACAUGUGCCUGGGGAGGGUGGGGAGGGGCGAAAUUGAGUCCUCGGGUCCUUCCUCCCUUAUUAAACUUAGCUCCGGCAACGGUAGCGCUCAGUGCAUUCAUGGAAUACAUCCGACAAGGUAAUCAUCUACAUCUUGGUCGAGUGUGGCAAAUGUAGAUUAGUGUCUUUCGAAAGGAAGUUAGUGUUGCGGCAGGGAUUCCGACCCCGUACCCUGCGGUUCACAGUUAGGAGACUAUUUUACUAGACCACAGCAGUUCGACAUAAAUAUUUGCAGAGCCUCAGGAAUCACAGAUUCUUCUUCAAAAUACUGGGAUUUACAGUAUGCCGACGAGCACAAAAGUACAAAAUAUGAAAUUUCCUGCGAACUUGCUUAGUUAUAUUUCAAAAAAUAAUUUGUGUAUUAUUGAUGUUCCAUUGAUUUGCCAACUUGUAAGCAAAAUUAUGUUAUUGUUUGAAUAUUGAAUAAACACCUCUAAGAGGCAAAGAGAAAAAUAUA